CCCCGUCUGCUACAGCCUGUGGUACUCUGUGACACUUCGCGCAAACUUGAAGAAUGGUCUUCAAGUUGAGCUCAAUCACGGUACAGGCGUCACCCGCAGUACCAUCUGAAGCUCCCAUUGCAGAAGAGGAAGAGUACUAUUCGUCAUGGUCUCUGUUUCUUGUCUGCUUGCUACUUAUCGUUUCGUUAUGGACGUCGUAUUACCUGCAAAUCAGGAGAAUCCGAGCCAUCCAUGAGACGACCGUCUCUAUCUUUGCAGGGAUGUUCGUUGGUUUGGUGGUUAGACUUGCACCGGGCACGAUGAUUCGAGAAAUGCUAACCUUCAAACAUACUCUGUUCUUCAACUUGCUACUUCCUCCCAUAAUCCUUAACUCCGGAUACGAGCUCAAGCAGGAGAAUUUUUUCCGCAACUUCGGUUCCAUCCUUACCUUCGCAUUUUUUGGGACAUUCAUAUCAGCUGUUGGUGUCGGGGUGCUCGUGUAUAUCUACUCAUUCCUGGGACUAGAAUCCUUGGAUAUUACAUUGCUAGAGUGCUUGAUCUACGGCUCCACACUAUCUGCAACUGAUCCUGUGACUAUUCUUGCUAUAUUCAAUCAGUACAAGGUGGAUCCAAAGCUCUACACCAUCAUCUUUGGCGAGAGUCUGCUCAAUGAUGCGGUCAGUAUUGUCAUGUAUGAAACUCUCGCGCAAUUCCACGGCACAGAGAUAUACAUCUCGUCCAUAUUCCAUGGCAUUGGAAUUUUCUUACUUUCAUUCAGCGUAUCUAUGGCCCUUGGCGUUAGUUUCGGCCUGGGAAUGUCACUAAUCCUCAAACACUCAUCGAAUGAGUCUCGAACAACAAAAUACAUCUUCUCGACUCUCGCUCAGCUCUCCGAGAACUUCAUAUUCAUCUACCUCGGUCUCUCACUCUUCACAAGCCCUCCAUCCUCGGAGCGCGUUACCAACUACGUCAAGCCCCUCUUCAUUGUGGUCACCACGGUUGCAGUCGUGUUUACACGAUACGCAGCCGUCUUCCCUCUAUCUGAAGCAAUCAACUUCUUUCAUCGCCAUGCUCGGGGACAGCGAACAGAAGAGCUUCCACACUCUUACCAGAUGAUGUUGUUCUGGUCUGGCUUGCGAGGUGCAGUGGGUGUAGCACUUGCAGCUGGUUUUAAGGGCGAGAACGCGCAGACACUGCGGACAACUGUCCUCGUUGUAGUGGUUCUUACUGUUUUCGUCUUCGGGGGUACCACUGCACGCAUGCUGGAGAUCCUUGGUAUUCGCACAGGCGUUGAAGAUGAGGCUGCUAGCAGCAGCGACGACGAAGACGCACCACCGGGACGCAAUCCAUGGCAAAAUCGCCGCAAUAGUGGUGCAUGGAACAGGUACACCGACGAUUCUGAGCCACUGCCCUAUUUCUCGCCGUCGCAGCACGGAUAUGGGCGGGCUGCAGGCAGAGUAGGGUCACAUUAUGCAACAAGAGGUUAUAACCACCACCCACAAGCACCGCCGUCGCCGAUUGGCAAUACUAUGUUUUCUGCUGCAUCAUCGGAGUCCUUUGAGUCGGAAGGGGAGGUGCUUCCUAUGGCGACGACGUCAGCGGAGGCUGGUCCGUCUGCAGACAGACAUGAUGGCGCACAGGCCAGCGAGGACGGCAAAUGGUUCCAGGCCCUGGAUGAGAGAUACCUACUUCCUUUGUUCUCGAAUGCCACUGCCAGCCGCACGUUCCACGCCAGACGCGCGCGAAGGAAUGUCUCAAUAUCCAGUCCCGCAGGCACGCCGCAUGACAGUGAAGACGAGGUUGAGAGCCCAGCGGUGGAGCUUGGAUCAGUGGGGACGAUGACGCCCGGCAGGCAGUUCUCAAGUUCCAGGACACCCUCUCCAGAAGAACAAAUACGUUCCGAGAGGGGUCUUGCCACACCCGUUUUGCGGAACGGUAACGGUAGGGACGAGGGACAGAGUCGAGCAGGUCCUUAAGGAUUGGUUGGUCUCAUAGUUGUUUCAUAAUAUUAGAUAUCUCAUUAAGACGUUUUUGCUACUACGUGAUCUACCGACACUAGAACUGAACGAUGUUAACUAAGCAAAAAACAAUGGUCCUUGGCAGAGGACUCCUCGCCAAGUCCUCCAGACCUCGCCUGCAGGUAUCGAUAACGCCAACUUGCACAGCGACAUGAAGAACCAGUGCGAAAAUGACGCUUCGGAAGUACAGCGGCAUGUACGAGCACAGGAGUACUCCACAAGGGGAUCGACAUUAUCGGAACUGCGUUCUGAUCUGUGAUCACCACCUCCUUGACAUCACUACGUAUGUACUAGUAUGUAUCAUAAUCAAAUGAAACAUGGAU